AUGACAAAGACUAAUGUUUUGAAAUCAAUAUUAUAUUUGAAAUCAAUAAUAUCAGUUUUAUAUUUGCAUUUAAAAAUUAUUAUUUUUGAUACAAAUACGAAAUAUAAUAAUUUUUUUUUCUUUAUUUUUAGUGGCGCAAAUCACACAAGACACAGAAUCAAUGAUUACAUCGAAGAAACCAGCUUGUCACUUCGAGACAUCCUGCCAAUAAAGCCUAAAAAUUACGAUAAAAACAGGGCUCCAAAGCUACAAGGGCAGCCAACCAUAGUGUAUUUCCAUGUUACAGUUCUUUCGUUAGAUUCUAUUAACGAGGAAUCAAUGACAUACGUCACCGACAUAUUUCUAGCUCAAAGUUGGAGAGAUCCCAGGCUGCGUCUGCCGGAAAAUAUGAGCGAAGAAUACAGGAUCCUGGAUGUUGAGUGGUUGCAUAACAUUUGGAGGCCAGAUUGUUUUUUUAAGAAUGCAAAAAGUGUUACUUUUCACGAAAUGACGAUACCCAAUCACUACCUGUGGUUGUAUCACGACAAAACUUUGUUGUAUAUGUCCAAGUUAACUCUAGUGCUGUCCUGUGCCAUGAAAUUCGAAACUUACCCACACGACACUCAAAUAUGUUCAAUGAUGAUAGAAAGUUUAUCUCAUACAGAUCACGACUUGGUGUUCAUAUGGAAUAUGACGGAUCCUCUGGUUGUUAAUCCAGAUAUUGAACUGCCUCAGCUGGACAUCUCCAACAACUUCACAACUGAUUGCACCAUAGAGUAUUCCACAGGAAACUUCACUUGCCUGGCAGUAGUCUUUAAUUUGAGAAGAAGACUUGGCUAUCAUUUGUUUCACACCUAUAUACCGUCCGCUUUGAUCGUCGUGAUGUCAUGGAUAUCAUUUUGGAUCAAGCCCGAAGCUAUACCAGCGCGAGUCACUCUUGGUGUCACCUCUUUACUGACAUUAGCUACACAAAACACACAGUCUCAACAGUCUCUGCCGCCAGUUUCGUACGUAAAAGCUAUAGAUGUAUGGAUGUCGAGUUGCUCCGUUUUUGUAUUUAUGUCCCUAAUGGAAUUUGCUGUUGUUAAUAACUACAUGGGACCCGUAGCAACAAAAGCAAUGAAAGGCUACUCCGAUGAAGAUAUUACUUCAGAAUUAAAUGACUACAAGGGUAUGGACAGACCCAGAUUCAGUUCAGUGAGCCAACCACAGUACGACACGUUCUGCGACGGGAAAAGUAUCGCCAUUUGUAUAGACCAAUUUUCCAGGUUUUUUUUCCCGUUUUCUUUUUGUAUUUUAAACGUUGUAUAUUGGUCGACUUUUCUUUGA